GCCUGCGAAGAGCGGAAGACCCACUAUCACGGCGGCUCUGCUGCCCCAGCCCCCAAUCAUCUGUCCGCCACCCGCCGCCGCCCUCGCCGUCGAGCGAUUCGAGCCCUCGGCUGAGACCGCGCCGCCGCCGCCGCGUAUACCCCUCCAGGAGGAAGAUAUAGAGCAAAGUGUUUUGUGUGAGACUGAAUUUCGAAAAUGAACAAGGGCAAAAUUUUCAAGUUAGCUAAGGGAUUCAGAGGAAGGGCAAAAAACUGUAUAAGGAUAGCAAGGGAGAGGGUGGAAAAGGCACUGCAGUAUUCAUACAGGGAUCGGCGCAACAAGAAGAGGGACAUGCGAUCCCUUUGGAUUGAACGCAUCAAUGCUGGUACACGCCUCCAUGGGGUGAACUAUGGCAACUUCAUGCAUGGAUUGAUGAAGGAGAAUAUCCAACUCAACAGGAAGGUUCUCUCAGAGCUGUCGAUGCAUGAGCCAUACAGCUUCAAGGCUCUUGUCGAUGUAUCUCGCAAUGCAUUUCCUGGGAACAGGCCUGUACCUGCUAAGGAGGGGCUAGCAAGCAUUCUGUAACCGUUUCUUGCCCAAUAAUAGAACUUGAUAGCUACAUCUGCUUCGGAAAGUAACCUUUUGGCAUGUAACGUUGCGAAAAGCUUGUUAUGGUCAUUGUACGCGUUACUCCAUGUUUUUCUGUUUGAUGACCUGCCGGACAGACCAUGGUAUUACAUGUUUUGUACCUCAUGCCCCUUACUUUUGGGUUUGUGAAGAAUGUUUUCCAUGGUAUUAAUUGUUUAUUACGUUUUGUACUU